CUACAGGGUCUCCCAAACAUUUGACUUACAUACAGUUCCAGAUCUAAAGGCAUCGACACACGGGAAGUCCAGUUUUGAGUCGCUUUAAGUUAGCGAAUAUCUUGGAGGCUGCCCAUCUGAUUGGCGUCACGCAAAGAAGCAAAACCAUGGAUGACUCUCCCGUUGUCCCAAUGGAUGUCACGGCCCAGGAAAAGGAGGACAAUUCUCUUCCUGGAAGGCAGGAGAACCCUAUUGUCCCAAUGGAAACGGAGGAGAGUGUGCUUCCUAUGUCCCAGGAAAAUCAGGACUACCCUGAUGCCCCAAUGAAAGAAGAGUCCAAUGAAACAGAGGCUAGUCCUGUUGUACCAAUGGAUGAUGUUACCCAGGAGCAUUAUGUUACCCCGAUGGGUGUUGUGAAUCCUCUUUGCAUGUAUCAGGAGAACGAGGAUAACUCUGAUGCACCAAUGCCGGUCAUGUCCCAGGAAACAGACAAUCAUCCUUUGCCCAUGUUUCAGGGGGAGGAGGAUUAUCUUGAUGCAUUAAUGGAAGUUAUAUCUAACGGCACAGAGGUGACUUAUCUCUCAAUGUCUCAGGAAAACGAGGACAAUCCUCUGGCACCAAUGGAAACUUCGUCCCAGGAAACGGAGGAGAUUCUUCUGGGACCAACUUAUUCCAUGUACCAGGAAACGGAGAAGAAUCAUCUUCCCGCCACGCAAGACCAGUUCCAGGAAAAAGAAGAUGAUAUCCAACAAGAUUCCAUGUCCCUGGAAGGGAAAGAGAACAGCGAAUCCAGCGAAACCAUUGAAAGCACCGUCGCCCCUGAAGCUGAAGAGGCCACCACUUCGGUGGUGAUGGUGGAGCAGCCGAACACGAUCAUCGAGCUGGUGGAUCUGUAUGUGCCACCCGGGCACCCGGUGGUCCCCAGACAGAUGAUCUUCCGCAGCAACGAGGCAGUGCGUCCGCAGCAGCAGCAGCAGCAGCAGCAGCAGCAGCGGCAGAUUCAGUUCAUUCCGCCGCCACUGCCACAGAUCCCGAGCAGCAAUCCCACCCUGCUGUACACCGAACCCAGACAGUCGGAGUCCUCGGACGAGGCGCCCGUCCGCAAGCCGGGGAGACGGGGACGUGGGCGUGGCAGAAAGGACGGCGCCCCCAAGAGAGUUCCCGCAAAGCGCAGUCGUCGUGCGGAGACGCCACCGCCAUUGCCGCCGCCACCCAACUUCCUGGCGCACUGCAUCAAUCCGCUGGAGAACGAGAUCUAUCCCAAGGUCAUUGUGCAGCCGGCCCAUCAGCCGUGGGUGCUGCCCAAGGAUCUGAACGAAGAUCCGCCCGUCAAAGAGGAGCCCAAGCAAGAGGUCGUCCCGAACCCGAUUCCGAACCCGGUCCCGGUCCCGAACCCGAUCCCGAUCCGGAACCCGAACCCGAACCCGAUGAUUGCCGCCAGCGGAUCGGUGGUCACAUCCACCACCCAGUCGGCGCCGGUGAUGAGCCGGGCCCUGCUGCGCCAGAACCUGAAGCUCUUUGGCCCUAAUGUGACCAUCACCCAGCUGGUCAACCCCAGAUCCCCAUUUCCGCGCUUCCUGGCCGUUCUGCGCGAGGUGAGUGGCAACCAGCGGCACCUGCUCUUCACCGCCGAGCAGCUGAUCUCGUUUGGCGCUGUCUAUCGCAGGCACAUGGCUUUAAGGAUGCAGAGGGCUGUCCCCACUGCCGUUCCUCGUGCCAACCAGCCCAUGCCCAGCCAGCCAAUCCAGCCAAUCCAGCCAAUCCAGCCAAUGGCUAUCAAGGCGGCCCCUUCGCCCUUCAAGGUGCCCACUGGCAGGCCACCAAGGGCUGCUGCACGCGUCCCUCCACCCGACGAGGCGUCAUAUGUUGCUCCUCCUCGUGCUCAACCGGCUCCCCCUGCUUCCCCUGCUCCCACUGCUUCCUUUGCUCCCACUGCUCCCACUGCUCCCACUGCUCCCCCUGCUCACACUGCUCACACUGCUCACUCUGCUCCUUCAGCUCCUGCAGCUCCUGCAGCUCCUGCAGCUCCUUCAGCUCCUUCACCUCCUGCAGCUCCGGCAGUUCCGGCAGCUCCUCCCACACCCGACGCAACUGUCGAUCUCCAACCCAAGCAAACACCCAUUCCCGACCCUCCUCCUCCAGUGCAGCCCAGAUUCGCGCUGCCCUCGAUCCUCAAGCGCAAGUCCAAGAUGAAGCUGCUCAACACAUUGAAGAACCAGAGGGCCAAGGCCAAAGAGGCGGCCGAGGCCUUGAGCCUUAAGGCACUCAAGGCGACUGAGGGCAAUUCGAAGGAGACGCAGGAGGCGAAGCAAAAAAAGGAUUCGGGCGACUUAGGCCAAGAAUAAAUCUGUUAUCUGUUAUCUGUUAUUUGUGACGAAUAGUUUAUUUACUUUCAAAUAAACAAACACAAAUAUCUUAAUAUGAUUUAAAAACGAAUUUAUCUAUAGUAUGUAGAUGUUUUUUCUUAAACUGGAAAUACGUUGUUGAAUAUAAUUAAUGAUAAAUUAGGGAAAAUUAAUUAUUUAAAAUAAAACAAGAAAGAAAGCAAACUUCGGCAAGCCGAAGUUCAUAUACCCU